CACGAAUAUCUCCUCAAGCUCAACUACGACCAGCCUAAUGGCAUCUUCAACUGUAUUAGACACGCCCUCCGCAGGAACCAAUACAACGUCAGGUGAAUGAUUAGGAAAAUGUCAGCUAAAUAUGAUAUUGAUCUUGUCAUUUUGAUCCACGUCUUAGUCUCCACUCCACGAUCUAUUUGCGCGGCAAGGGCGCUGAAGACUCAGGCUAGCGUAUCAAGUUCUUCUAGGCUGAACUUGUCUGUAUUCGCUACGACAUGGCUGGUAUACCUUCUGAUGGCUGUAGUUGGUGAUAAUGCAAUGGAUUGGGGUUGAAUUUUAAUGGGUGGAGAUGUAUACUGAUUUGGACAGUGUC